UUUUUUAAUUUUAUUUUUUAGUGCUUGACUUUGUAAGCUUAAUACUGUUCUGUUAUUUUCUGUCUCUUGUUCUUACAUACAGCAUACGUAGGCUUGCAAAAAACAUUAAAUUCCAAAUUGGACUGUGAGAGUUUUUUCACCUGAUCUCCAAGGAAGGAGACAACAUAACUUAGAAAUCUUCUAUCUGGAAAAUAGUAUUAUUUGCUUCUCUAACUUUUCUAUGUUUACUGCUUUCCUUAGGCUUUCAACAAUGGUAAAGGAGGAUACUGUAAAUGACAGUGAAGACUCUGCGCCAUCAGUAUGUGAGAGAAAUGGCAUGAUUCCCAUGCAUGAGCAAAGUGAGGAGGGACCAACAGUGGAUGCCAAAGUUACUGGUGGGAAUAUACAAACAGAAGAAACUGCUCUUUUGAAUCAUUUUGCUCAGCAACCUCCGGAACCAGUAGCAGGGCCUUCAGUACCUGCAAGAACAUGGAGGCAAAUAUUUACUUGCCCUCCUCAGGGUUUACUGGCCCAAACAGUGACAAAUGUUGCAACAGUGGUCCUGGUUUGGGCUGUGGUUUGGUCCAUCACUGGGACUGAGUGUCUCCCAGGUGGAAAUUUGUUUGGAAUUCUGUUUCUUUAUUUUUUUGCUGUCAUUGGAGGUAAAAUUUUUGGAUUCAUUAAAAUACGAACACUACCCCCUGUCCCUGCUCUUCUGGGGAUGCUGCUUGCUGGCUUCCUAAUCCGAAAUACCCCGUUCAUUAGUGACAUUGUCCAGAUAAACCUACGCUGGUCUGUAGCACUGAGGAAUAUUGCUCUGUCAAUUAUCUUGACCCGAGCGGGACUUGGCCUGGAUCCAAAGGCUCUUAAGAAGCUCAAAGCAGUCUGUUUACGGCUUUCUUUUGGACCGUGCAUCUCAGAAACAUGCACAGCUGCUGUUCUUGCCUACUUGUUCAUGCAUUUGCCAUGGCAGUGGGGAUUUAUAUUAGGUUUUGUUCUAGGUGCAGUCUCCCCUGCUGUGGUGGUUCCCUCAAUGCUGAUUUUACAAGCUGGGGGAUAUGGGGUGGAGAAAGGCAUCCCAACUUUGCUAAUGGCAGCUGGGAGCAUUGAUGACAUUAUGGCUAUCACAGGCUUCAACACUUGCCUUGGGAUGGCUUUCUCUUCCGGUUCUACUCUGUACAGUGUGCUCCGUGGAGUGCUGGAGGUUGCUGUUGGCAUAGCAGCUGGGGGGAUUCUGGGAAUGUUUGUUCGAUAUUUCCCAAGCCACGAUCAGGCAUCUCUGGCAUGGAAGAGAUCAUAUUUUGUCCUUGGACUGUCCAUGUUUGCCGUUUUUGGCAGCAUCCACUUUGGCUUCCCUGGGUCAGGAGGGCUCUGCACAUUAGUCUUAGCUUUUGUUGCAGGUGUGGGAUGGUCUGAUGAAAAGCCAUCUACCAUUCCACUGACUGAGGAGCAAGAGAUGUUGCAGGAUCAGUCCCAGAGAGAACACCAAGGACAGGCCGUGUCUAGGCCCUGGAUUGAUUAUGAGAGGGAAGUAGAAAAAAUGGUUGCAGUUGCAUGGAAUAUCUUUCAACCUUUUCUUUUUGGUUUAAUUGGAGCAGAAGUAUCCAUUACAUCUCUUAGGCCUGAAACUGUUGGGCUCUGUGUUGCUACAUUAGGCAUUGCCCUAGUUGUGCGAAUCAUAGCAACGUUCCUGAUGGUGUGUUUUGCUGGGUUUAAUUUCAAGGAGAAGGUAUUUGUCUCAUUGGCGUGGAUUCCCAAAGCCACUGUCCAGGCUGCAAUAGGUUCCCUUGCCCUGGAUACAGCGAGAAGUCAUCAGGAUGAGCAACUGGAAAAGUAUGGAAUGGAUGUACUGACAGUAGCUUUCUUAGCUAUCUUGAUCACUGCUCCAAUUGGAGCCCUGGUUAUUGGCUUGGCAGGGCCCAGGCUCUUGCAGAAGGCUCAGACAAAUAGCAAGGAGGAUGAGGAAGGUGUUGAGGUUGGAGAAGAGGCAUAGGCCUGUGAACCUUCGUAAGGCAGACAUCUACAGGAAUAUGGUCCUUCAGCCCUUACACUUCUGUUGAGUAAACACAGCAUGUCUGUAAUCUUUCUGGAGGAAACCAAAACAAGUGUGUUACAUCUGCUAUUUUAAAAGCAGCCCUGGUGGCGUUUUAUAAAAUAUUUUUAUGUGUUGACGGUGCCUUAAGAGAUGAAAAAGCUGAACAUACAGUGAAUAGGCUGGCCAGGCAGUGAGUCACUGAGAAGUUUGCAGUCAACAGUUACUUGAAAUGUGUGGGUGUGAGGCCAGGGAGAGGAUCAGAAUUGUUCAGGCAUGGAGUGGAGUCUUGAGGUGGAAUAUAAACAGAAGAAAAUGGAGACUAAUGUGAAUAACUUCUUCAUGGCUGAAACUGGGCUGUGAGAUGACAAGUUCAACAGCUGAAAGAAUGCGACUUCUGAAUGAGAGACUGCUGACACACAGUGAAUGAGUCCUGCCACAGGUUGGCGAUUCCCUCUCUUUCCUCAUUCGGGUUCCAAAACUUGCAUUUUCCUAUUAAUGUUCUUCCUCACAGCUCAUGCACUCCUUUGUGCCUUCAAGGGAUUGUCAACACUGGUCACAGCAAGAAACAGCAGUGGCACUUAUAUGCCAAGAGACAGUUGGGUCCAUCAUGGUCUGUGAUAAAACAGGUGUUGCUGGUGCUGGUAGAAAAAAUGACAGAGCUUGAAAAUGGAAUGAGGGUUGUGGGGAGGCUGUUAAGGACUGGGAGAGGGUCAUAUGGGAUUGAGUUGGCUUCUUCUGCACCUGUGUACCUCAGCCUUUGCACAACAUGAUGUCAAGGAAGGGAAAGCCAGCUCUUUGCCCACCGGGAGUGGCUAUGUUCUUGUGCUGGCCACUGUAGGACACAAAGGAGAGCGGUUUUCAGGUGGGGUUUGCUGGCAGGGCAAAGCCAAGGUGGCAAUGAGUUGUCCCUUUCUUCCUCAGCUCCUUUUGGGAAGCUUGGCAAUAGCAGCAGACCUCUUCUUAAAUCAAGAUUCAUGGGUCAGCAGUGAUCUCCUGUUGCUUUGUCCUAAGUUAAUACUCAUCAGGCUGAGAAAAUGCCACGAUCAGGUCAUUCUCACAUUUGCAUUUGAAUAACUACAGCAAAGAAAAUCAGAUAUUUGCUAAAAAUAUAGCCAGUUAGUGCUCACUUUUCUAAGAGGAGACUGGCUGGAUUCAUUGUGGAGAGUGAAGGCCUCUCAGAUUUGCCAGGGCAUUUUUUACCUCUCACUGAUGCAGAAAACUAAUACACUUUAAAUAAAGUCUUGAAAAUGAAGUGCUGAGGAGGGUGAUACAAAGUGAAAGAAGCCUCAUUCUCACCUACCUUCAGAAAGGUAGGUGAAUGCCGCGUGAAGGCAGGUGUUGUGAGGAAGCAGUGUUUAGGACACAGAGCUAGCACCCUCAGCACGUACCCACAGAUCCUGUGGGUCUUUCCAAAAACACAAGUGUGCGGCUGUGGAUCAUAGUAAUGACUGGCAACACUCGAGUCAAACAUCUUGCCAAAACAUUUCACCAGGGGGAACAAAAAGAUCAAAUGCAGUUUUCUUCAUUUUAUUUAAUAUAGAUGCCUCUUGCACAGUCAGUUGCAAUAUAGUUCACAUUUGAUUUUCCCAUUCCCUGAUGAGUUUCCUUUCUCUUCUUGACUGCCCUAAAGCCAGGAGUAAACCUCUCUGUUGAUCAAAAUCCUGUUCCUGCCUUUAGCUUUGGUAUCAGUUAGGGUUUAGUAUUGACAAAUACCUGUAAAUCUUUCUUACUCUGCCAUGUUUUGUACAAGUCCCUAGCUCCAAGUAGGUCAUUCCCAGCUCCAUUCUGAGGCAUGGAGUCAGUACAGCAUCCCUCAGAAACUGGAAGUUUUGUUAUUUUUCAGUAUGUUAAGACUGUGCCUGUAAUCAAGGUGGGCAACACCUCCCUGCAGAUUUCUACGCUGCAGUUCACUGAGCUCAUUUUAUAGGAUACCGUAUAGAAUCUGUUUGAUGUGUAUAGCUAUUCUGGGCAUCGGUAAGUAAGAAUUAAUUCUAUUUUAUCUUUUACAUUUUUAAUACGCAACACAAAGAUGUACCUAAAUACUUUUGAAGAAAACUAUCCAAAACUGUGUUAUUUGCAGUGUCCACAUCUGCCUCUGUAUACAGAUUAAUUACAUCUCAGUAUGUGUGCCUGUGCAUAUGCCUUCCUCUUCAAGCCAAAAAGAAAGCUUCCUGAGAAAUAUUUAAGGUUCAUAGCCUGCAAUUCCAGCACAGUGAUAAAAAUACCAGGAAAUUAUUGGUCAGUUUUCCCCUAACAGUUGUCAAGUACAGACAUUUUUCUUACUAUACAGACUGCUGUUCACUCUGCUUCCUCGGGGAAUGUAGAGUUCAUGUUUGUCCCCUGACCAGAAAGGAAGAUGCUUUCACACAGCGCACUGAUGAGUGGUUAGGGUGCUGUGCUUGUUGGUUAUUGUGUCAGCUAUUGACUUCUGUGCCUGUUCUACCUACUUUGUAUGGCUAACAGAGGCACUCUGUUACUUAAAUAGGGGUAGUGUUAAUAUUGCAUUUGGAAAUUAUUGUUAUUUGGAAAGUUAUUGUAUUGUAAUAACAAAUUGUAAUGUCUGUAAACCUAAUUGAUAAGAUGAGGGAAUAUGGUGUUCAGUUCAUCAGUGACUGUCUAUAAUUCUACCUAAGUAAAACUUACAGGAGUAGAAGCUUUAUAUUGCUAUAGUUUUACAAGAAGUAGAAUCCUCCUGCAGGGAGUGAUCACUAUGCCAAAUUUGGAGUCUGUUCAAUAACACACAUGUGAUGUGUAAGAAUUAUAGCCCUUUAAAUUUGAACACCACCUUAAGUAUGCAGGCAAACCUCUGACAACCACCCCUUGUUCAUGAUAGCCUCCAAUACUUGCUGACCAUAAUAGCAUCUCAUAAAUUGGAUUUAUCAUCUUCCCUUAACCUCAGCGCACUCUCAAUUUAUUCAUUAGAUCACUCCCACCAUUCCAAGUGCUUGAAUAGCUGUACCAAUGAAAAAUGUCAUCUUGUUCACUAAUCUAAACAAAACUGAAUCAAUUUUCCUUUCCUCACUGCCGUAUGUGGAUGUUUCUCACAAGACCCCAUUCUCCCAGCUUUUAUUAAAUCUUCAGAAAGAAUCAUGUUGAAGCUAUUACCUAGAUCUGCAGUUCUAAAAAGAAAAGCAUUAAUGCUUUAUAAUGCUCCUCUCCUUGCCUUCCAGAGAGGAACGAAACACUUGCAUCUUGUCAUGAAGAGAAACGUUACAUUGGGGCUCAGAACCUAAGAGACUCAGGUUUUUUAAUAAGUAUCGUGACAAUUCCAGCUGAUUUUAAAUAGCAGUUAACUCUGAGAGAUACAAUUUCAGUUUUUAUCAGUUUGGGCCGGUGAAGUCAUGACAUUUAAGACCACCUCCCUUUUAACAAAAUGCCAUGAAAUCAUUCAUUAAUAAUGAAUAAAUUCAAGCCAAUAAAAUCUUUAUGCCAUGCCAGUCUUAUUUGCAGGAAAUAAAAUUUGAGCACAAUGUGCAGUACACUAACCAGAGGAGUCCCCCUGUCACACAGACACGAUCACAGGCAUAGCGUGGGAGGGCACCAAGCACAGUUCCAGAAGGUUCCCCGAGAACCUCUGCAGCAGAAGGGUCUGAUGGCACAGCACGUUCCUGGUGGCCAGCAGCGGGCAGAGUUACAGCAGGCAGCAUAUGGGAAAAGACUGAAACUGGCCAUCUGGAAGCAGGGAGUCGCACAGGCCAGGGGAUGCAGUGAUAGUGUAAUUAUAACCACUGUUUUCUCUUGUUUUCAGCCAAACUCAGCCUUUUAGGGAAUUUAGACUGAAGUCUAAAUUUAACUGUGAAACACUCAUGGUGUAAUACAGUCACAAAACAAUGAAUGAUAGUUUUCAUAUUUUGCUUUUUAAAUGAGUGUGAGAGAUCAGAUUUUGUGCCAGCUGCACUUCAAUUACAUUCACUUUGUCUAGUAGUUGCCACAAGUCAAGACAUCUUUCUCUAAAUGUAUUUGUUUUACAAGUUUAUUUGUAGUCUACUGUAACUAUUGUUAAAAUUCAUAGUCAAAAGAAAGGUAAACAUUACUGUUCUUGUAGAGUAAAAAGGCAUGUCGCGACAUGCCAAGUUCAGCUUCCCCUGAUUUUGCAUCCAGACUGUGAAGACCUGGUCUACUGCCUCAGUCCUGUUUUUUCUUAGCAUUCGGGACAAAUUUAUCCCUUUGUGUGAACUGUGGCAAGGCAUGACCAAGCACAUCCUAGCAAGUAACUGGUUCAACUCUCUCAAUUGCUGGUGAGAUACAGGGCUCUGCAGAGGCUUCAGUGCUUAGCUGUCUAUCCCUGUAGACUUUUGAUAGAUAAUUUGAACCAACUGGUAAAUUCUGUGAGAUUUUCUAUAGAAAAUUCUGUGCCCAUGAGAGACAGUAUUAUCUUGACAGAUUUUUAAAUGCAAGGAAAUGGUCAUUUAUCUGGCUUGUCAUCUUCAUUUUAUUAUUAUCUCAUGGAAAUUAUUAAAAAGUCCUUUCUACAAAGAGCUGUGACUGAGUGCUGCUACUGCAGGCCCAUACUACAAAUGUGUUCCAUUCCCCUAUAGACAUAAGCAAAAAGAAACAAAACCCCACCCCUGUUUGUUCCAUAGCCACAUUUGUAGAUAGUUUAGCAGCAAUCUCAUCUAACAGCAAGCAGGGAGAAAAAAAUAAUUGCAUAAUCAAGCCAUGCUAGAGCUGGAGUCAAGUGGUUAAACCUCACACUGUUGUUUUCCUUUUAGAAGAGCUUUGUGGUAGAAACAAAAUCAGUUUUUCUGUAUUACUUACUCUAACGGCAUUUGUCCGAGGAGAGCAAGGGAAGUGAAAAUAGGAUUGAUGUCUGAGAAGCAACCUAUGUACUUCAGAGGAAAUCAAACUAUUUGAAUGCAGAAGUAUCCUGAUAAAAGCUGGAAGUGCAUACAGACUUUUAUAUAACAACAGCCUGCUACAAUAGCCUGUGAAUUCUAAGGCCUGAAAAAAAAUUAAAGACAGGCUUUUGCAUUUCACAUAGCAAUUUCUUCACCAAACCCAAGAAAAGGGACUUGGUGUUCAAUAUACCGCAUCUAUAAGUGAAGAUUAAGUAUAAGACACUUAGUAACAUUAAGUAUUUUCCUUUGUUAUAAAUGUUGUAUCGUAACACAAAGUUUAUGGUUUGUCCACCCAUUAAGGUAAGACCACCAUGAAGCAUUUAAACAUUAAAGAUUGUACUGUGGCUCUA